AUGGGGAAGCGCAGGAGCCGCCCGCUCCCAGCGGGCAACAGGAAAUUCCACGCUCCCAAACCCAAGCGGAUCCUUCAGGAACCACCAGGAGAUCCCGCUGGGAUGGAGCCCGAGCUCCCAGCAGAGGGAAAAACUCCCCAGAUUGGGGAUUUUAACGUGGUUUUUCAGGAGGGGAGAGGCGAGGAGAUUGGAGGUGGCAGAGCAGCAAAAUGGGGCGUUUCUGGUGGGGUGGGAGAGAAUAAUUUGGAAGUGCCCCAGCUGGGAAUUUUGGAAGUGGAUGAUACAGGAGAGGAUCAGCUGGAGUCACCAAAAAUGGGAAUUUUGAAUGGGGGAGGAGAGAAUUGUCGAGAAUCGCCAAAACUGGCAAUUCUGGAGGUGGAUGGGGCAGGAGAGGAGCAGUUGGGGUCUCUGAAAGUGGGGAUUUUGGAUGGAACAGGGCAGGAGCAGCUGGAGUCACCAAACCCAGGAAUUUUGGAGGUGGAUGGGGCAGGAGAGGAGCAGCUGGAGUCACCAGAACCAGGAAUUUUGGAUGGGUCGGGAGAGACUUGUCAAGAAUCAGCAAAACCGGCAAUUUUGGAGGUGGAUGGGGCAGGAGAGGGACCCCCAGAGUCAGUGAAAUGUGUAAUUUUGGAUGGAAUGGGACAGAACCAUCUGGAAUCAUCUCAGCAGGGAAUCUUGGAGGGGGGUGGAGCAGGAAAGGAGCAGCUGGAGUCACCAAAACCAGGAAUUUUGGAGGUGGAUGGGGCAGGAGAAGAGCAGUUGGAGUCAAUGGAAGUGGGGAUUUGGGAUGGAACAAGAGAGGAGCAGCUGGAAUCACCAAAACCAGAAAUUUUAGACAGAACAGGAAAGGAGCAGCUGGAAUCACCAAAACCAGGAAUUCCAAAGGCAGAUGGGGCAGGAGAGGAGCAGCUGGAACCACCAAAACCAGGAAUUUUGGAUAGAACAGGAGAGGAGCAGCUGGAAUCACCAAAACCAGGAAUUUUGGAGGUGGAUGGGACAGGAGAAGAGCAGCUGGAGUCACUGGAAGUGGGGAUUUGGAAUGGAACAGAAAAGGAGCAGCUGGAGUUACCAAAACCAGGAAUUCCAGAGGCAGAUGGGGCAGCAGAGGAGCAGCUGCCAGAGCCAAACUGGGAAAUUGCCAGACUGGGAGACUUGGAUGGGACGGGAGAGAGCGAGCGGGAGCCACCAGAAGGAGGGGGCUCCGGAGCACGGCAGGACACGGCGCCCGAGGAAAGCUCAGCGGUGACGGAUGCAGCGGGAGAGCGGCCAGAAGGUGCCCUGGAGGAGGGAUGUGGCACUGGGAUUGCCCUGGGGAUGGACACCGGGUCCCCAGACGGUCCCAGGGGUCCCCGGAGCCGAGGGGGGGACGCAGAGAGCGGGAAUUCCGGGAGUGGGAAUUCCGGGAUGUUCACACCAGGGUCAGAUCCAGCAGGAGCCAGCUCUGAGCCCCAGGAGCAGCAGGAAGGGACCAGCCCGGAGCUCCCAGCGGAGAAGCCAUGGGACACCACAGGCCAGAUCCACACCAGAUCCACAGGGAGUAGCCCGUGGGAAAGCGCCAAGGCCGCAGAGCCAGUGGACGCCAGCGACGUCAUCCGUGGGCUGAUCCGGGAACUCUCAGACCUCAACCGCCUGGCCAUGGGAGCCCGCCGAGGGCUGGAGCUGCUGAGGAGGCCGAAGCCGCGGCGCGGCCGGAGGGCAGUGCCCGGUGGGAGCCGCUGGAAAGAGGGGUAGGGCCAUCAGGAACAAUAAUAAUGAUUUAUUGAUGGAAACGAUAGGAAUAAACCAACCUUGGUCCGGAGAAUGGUUCCAGCAUUUGCUACCCGCUGUGGUGGGUGAACAAAUCCUGCCAAACCCACC